CGGAACAUUUUCGUUAUAACGCUGCCGGUAAAGAGAAGCCGCGGGACUCUGAACGAGCACUGUUGAUGAAUGUGCGACGUUUAUCUAAGAAAAAAAAAUGAACUGAAUAAACACAAAGAAGCUACUAUGGUCCCAUUUUAUAACAUAGCUGUAGUGUAAGUCGUUUUCAGAUAGGAAGGAACUCUAAAAGCAAUUAACCAUGAAUCUUGACAGACUGCGGAAACGCGUGCGACAUUAUAUCGAUCAGCAACAGUACCAGAGCGCUCUGUUUUGGGCAGACAAAAUUGCAUCCCUAUCACACGAAGACCCCCAGGACAUUUACUGGCUAGCACAGUGCCUUUAUCUUACAUCCCAGUAUCACAGAGCUGCUCACGCCCUGCGCUCAAGAAAGCUAGAUAAGCUAUAUGGAGCAUGCCAGUAUCUUGCAGCAAGAUGCCAUUAUGCUGCUAAGGAGUAUCAGCAAGCACUCGAUGUUCUGGACAUGGAGGAACCUGUGAGUAAGAAGCUGCUGGACAGGAGUGUGAAGGAGGACAGUGUCGUUACAGAGUCUGUCAAAGACUGGGGCAUGUCCCCUGCUUCGAUCAGCAGCUCCAUCUGUUUAUUGAGAGGGAAGAUCUAUGAUGCUAUGGACAACCGUCCACUGGCCACUGCCAGCUACAAAGAGGCAUUAAAACUUGACGUCUACUGCUUCGAGGCUUUUGACCUCUUGACCUCUUAUCACAUGCUGACAGCUCAAGAAGAAAGUGAUUUCCUGGACUCACUGCCUCUGAGUCAGCAGUGCACUGAGGAAGAGGAAGAACUGUUACGCUUUCUGUUUGAGAACAAGCUGAAAAAGUAUAACAAACCCAGUGAGAUUACUGUCCCAGACACAGUGAAUGGUCUCCAAGACAACCUGGAUGUAGUGGUUUCUCUGGCAGAGAGACAUUAUUACAACUGUGACUUCAAAAUGUGCUACCAGCUUACGUCCAUGGUGAUGGUAAAAGACCCUUUCCAUGCCAACUGUCUACCCGUACACAUAGGAACUCUAGUGGAGCUCAGUAAAGCCAAUGAGCUGUUUUACCUCUCUCACAAACUGGUGGAUUUGUACCCUAACAGCCCUGUUUCCUGGUUUGCUGUUGGAUGUUACUACCUAAUGGUCGGUCACAAAAAUGAGCACGCGCGGAGGUACCUUAGCAAAGCAACCACCCUGGAGAGGAAGUACGGCCCAGCCUGGAUUGCGUACGGACACUCGUUUGCCGUGGAGAGCGAGCAUGAUCAGGCUAUGGCAGCCUAUUUCACUGCGGCCCAGCUCAUGAAGGGGUGCCACCUGCCCAUGCUGUACAUUGGCCUGGAGUACGGGCUGACCAACAACUCCAAGCUGGCCGAGCGCUUCUUCAGCCAAGCCCUCAGCAUCGCACCCGAGGAUCCGUUCGUCAUACACGAGGUGGCUGUGGUAGCCUUCCAGAACGGCGACUGGAAGGCAGCAGAAAAGCUGUUUUUGGAUGCGAUGGAGAAGAUUAAGACCAUUGGAAGUGAGGUUACUGUGGAUAAAUGGGAGCCUUUGCUCAACAACCUGGGACAUGUUUGUCGGAAGCUGAAGAAGUAUGAGCAGGCCCUGGAGUACCACCGUCAGGCCCUUGUUCUCAUCCCCCAGAAUGCUUCUACCUACGCCGCCAUUGGCUACGUUCACAGCCUUAUGGGAGAUUUUGAGAGUGCUAUCGACUACUUCCACACGGCGCUUGGCCUUAAAAGAGAUGAUACGUUUUCUGUGACGAUGUUAGGACACUGCAUUGAAAUGUAUAUCGGUGACACCGAGGCCUAUAUUGGCACUGACAUCAAGGACAAGCUGAGGAGCACCCUGGGCGCACCAGCGCUGAUGAAGCUGCUCGACACCUCUGGGGAUGCCAGUGAGUUCCAGCCCCUGAACGAAAGUUUUAUGAGAACCCUUGAGUCGUCCUCCCCCAAACCCGAGAAGCCGUCGGAGGCCAGCCUCCGGCGCACAGCCACACUGGAGUUCGACAUGUACGAGAGCGACAUGAUGCUGGAGACCUCUAUGUCUGAUACCAGCACAUGAUGCUCCAGGACCAGAGCCCAGAUCUAGGCUGUCAGCGUGUGGCUCUUUGGACUGUGGGAACUUCAAACUCAGACCUUCCCUAUUCCUCCCAUCAGAAGCAAUGUCUGUAUUAGUUUUACCUGUGGAUUUUUACUUUGAAAUAAAUGAACUGAAUGCAAGUGAGGCUUCGCAACUCUAAUAAUCCCAACAAUAAACAGUAUGUUCAUAGUCGCUUUUGUGAUAUCUACAGUAUCAUUGGGAGAUUUUUUUUCACCAGAAAGUUGUGGCCGACUUCCUGUAUCUAGAGCCAAAUAUGCACAUGUUCACUUUUGCAGUAACGGGAGUAUUAAAGGUUGUCUUGAGUCAGGUAUGUUUGAGGAGCAUAAAUGUGCUGGUUCACGUUAAUCACCAGCAGGGGGAGCGUGCUGUUGAAAUUCUAGUAAACGAACCGUAUGGUGCUGAUCUCAAACCGCAUCUAUUAAGCUCCACUGUAACACCCAUUGUAUCAGCUGGUGUUUUUCUGAAAUUUUUAUCAUACUCAUGUCAUUGCUAAACAGUUUUACAGAAAUGGUUGCCUGCAAUUUUCUCUUUUCACCUUGCCAGUGUCCAGGGCCCUGGUAGAAUCUGGGGACUCAGAUUCAAACUGACUUAUGCAGGCACCUUGACAGCAAGGUUUUUGCAGUACAGAUGAAAAGCGAUUAUAGCAAGUCCUCUAAAAGUACCCUAAUUUCAGAUACAGGUUUUUACAAUGUCAGUGAAGUUUUAUCCCUGAUGAGUCUUAAUGGCUGCACUUGUGCUGUGUUAAUAACUACACUUAUUAAACCAUUAUUACUCUCUUUGCAAGUGAAA